CUCUCCUUCCCUCCUCUUCGCUUCUCUGUAUCUAAUAUUCGUAUUCUGCAUUAAUCGUCGUUCUGCGCGAGCUCGCCGGACGGCUCUGCUGCACUCGACUGCCAUUCAUUCUCUCCGAGCCACAGGCUCCUGCUUGCGUUCUGCCAGUGGCCGCUCAUUUCGAACUGACCAGACCACGAUAACCUCCCAGGACGGAGCACCACCGCCGCCGCCAUGCCGACCAAGUUGAUGAUGAUCUUCGUGGGGAUGGACUUCGUCUUUGCUGGAUGUGGAGGACUGCUGCUGGGCUUCUCGCUCAUGUCCGAGCAGCGCCUGCGGGACAGCCCGACCGUUAACAACGUUGCGGAGAACUUGCUGCUGGGCAAGUGUCCGUUGACAGCCGGUGUGGUCAACGCCAUCUUCAUCUUCGUUACCUUCCUGCUGUCCCUCCCUGCGCUCUUUCUGCCAAUGAACCGAGGAUGGCUUCGUGCACAGGGCUGGUUGGUUGUCAUCUGCGCAACCUUUACGCUUGGCCUGGGUCUUUCGGUGUGGAUAGAGACGCUGCAAACCCGCUCUGACUUGGGCAGCCUGUGGGCCAAGGAAGCGCCGCUGAUGCAGAGCCUGCUGCAGCAAAAGUUCAACUGCUGCGGAUACUUUAACUCGACCUCGCCGCCCUUCGUCAUGGACAGCACCUGCCUCAGCUCGCUUGUUGCUGCUCAAAAGGGUGGGUGCAUUGCCCCGUUCUCAACCUUCGCGAACACGUAUCUCGACCAGAUCUUCACAGCGGCCUUUGGCAUUGUCGGCGUAGACAUGCUCGUCCUCCUUUGCGUCGCCAUGGUGCUCCAGUACAGGCAGGAGCAGGAGAGGUACAGGCACAUCGACGAGAAGCUCGGUUUGGGCGGGAUGUAGAGGGGUGUUUGGAG